GCCUGACACGGGCCAGAGCAGGAGGGGAGGCACUCACAAAGGCCUCGGAGGCAGGAUGGAAAAGACAGUAAUUACAUAAGAGCACUUGGCGAGCAUCUGGCUGCAGUCAGCUGGGCCCCGACAGCCCUCCCUCCCGCUCUGCUAACCAGGAGCAGCUGAGGAUACGGAUAACUCCGCGGGACCCUCCGCAGGGAAGCGGAGGUCACCAUGGACAUAAUCUACCUGCGCACAUCCCUGACCUUCCUUUUUCUCCCUCUUGUUGUGUUUGGGGCACCGGCUGAUGAACCCAACCUCACACAACCAGGCCCUGGUGCUUGCAAGCGCUGUUGUGACUCACUGGACUCUUCCACAGACACCCCACCAGUCCCUCCCAGCCAUCACCACUUUCCUUAUCCAGUGCCAGAGGUCCGUCCCUAUAUCAACAUCACCAUUCUGAAGGGAGAGAAAGGAGACCGGGGAGAGCCUGGGAUGCCAGGGAAAUGGGGCAAAGAAGGACCACGAGGCGAGCGGGGCGUCCAGGGCCAGAAAGGCAGCAAAGGACAGAUGGGCAYAGCGGGAGAUCCCUGCAAACAUCAGUACGCCGCGUUCUCUGUCGGUCGCAAGAAAGCGCUGCACAGCAGCGAGGGCUUCCAGGUGUUGAUCUUUGACACCGUCUUCGUCAACCUCUACAGCCACUUCGACAUGUUCAAUGGCAAAUUCUACUGCUCAGUGGGCGGGCUUUACUAUCUCAGCCUCAACGUCCACACCUGGAACUUCAAGGAGACCUACAUGCACAUCAUGCACAACGAAGAAGCAGCGGUCAUCCUGUAYGCCCAGCCCAGCGACCGCAGCAUCAUGCAGAGCCAGAGCCUCAUGCUGGAKCUUCAGGAGAAUGAUGAGAUCUGGGUGAGGCUCUACAAGCGGGAGAGGGAGAAUGCCAUUUACAGUGAUGAUGUUGAUGUGUACAUCACCUUCAGUGGGUACUUGGUCAAGCCCAGCAUUGAAUAACUUCCUUUCCUCUUCCUUUGAGCCUCUUAGGCCUUUUCCUUUUUUUAUUUUUUUCUCUUCUCUCUCUCUUUAUUGCCCAUAACCACUGCAAAUCACUUGGAAAUGGGCYUGUGAAAUCUCAGGCACUGAGUGUGAAACUUGCCACACUGGCUCCCACCUCACGCUCUCUUGUAGCCAGACCUGUAUCUGUCCACUUACAUCGCGACCCUGCCACCUCUUGCCCCUCACCUCAUAAUCCCAAUUUAGAUUAUUGGCUUCUUCUCAAUCUGCCAGCAAGCUGCCUCUGGCAUUUAGAGUUCUAGAGCAAGAGGAAAGCUCAAAUGCUGCUCCUGGGCCUGUGUCCCUCCUUGGGGCUUCAUACACAAAGGACUCCUGUGGAAAGGGCUGGAAAGUCCCCACUACUGAGGUGCAUCCUGGCUCCUCUCCAUCCCACCCACACAUACCAGUUUUGCAGCCUGAAACAUGGUCUUAGUGUCACCUCUGACACCUCUAGUCCAGAGAGUGGACUGGGGUCUGAUGGUCUUCUGCAGCACAGGGAAGAUGUAGGAGCACUGACAGAGGGUAUUAUCUUUCCAAAAAGGGAACUUUUUUCCUAAACAUUUUUCCUAAAAUGUACCACUGGCUUUACUUUGGCAUCUUUCUGUGUCACAGAGUCCAGGUUAGCUGUCAAAGCUAGACCUGGUGGCAUUGUGCUCCUCAGUGCCAGCUCUAGCUCUAGCUCUUCAAGGAGAUGAAGGGCCAGACCCUUAAUGGGCAUCUGCCAUCGGUUCAGUAGGGGCCACCAUUCUGUUUCCACUAGGGAUCACCAGUACAGAGCAUGAGAGAGAGAUCACCCUUGCAAACCUCCCUCCCACACCCCCCCUGGGGUACUACUCAGUCUUGGCUCCUCAGUCUUGGCUCCUCAGAGAGAGAACCCAAAUCUGCUGUCUUUUGGCAGAGGUGCCAUUUCAUUGUCCUCCUGAAGGUGGAUCUCCCACACUGGUAUUGAAGGACCGCUGUUUCAGGGCCUGAGCUGAAGGUGGUGGGGCAAUUGCAGUUAAAUCAGCUCCAAACCUGCCACUUCUUUGCCUCUGUGAUGGAAAAGAGAUAGAGGUGAGACUGCAGCACCUUGCCCAAGGGUUAAAAGCUUCCCCACURUGUGGUCUGUGCCCUUUUCUGGCAAGCUCAUCAGAGUAACUGAGAAAAGCAUUGGCUAAAACAAACCCCUGCUCUUUUUGUCAGGUUGAAGAUGUUGCAGUGAGAAAGGAAUGCCAGUGGUAGGGUUUUCUAGUACUAUUUAUGUUGGUCUCACGCUGCUCCCACUUGCAUCCCUCUGGAGGGGAUGCUACAGUCCUGGGGGAWGCAGGUGAGGCUGGCUCAGCACUUUAGGAAACCUAUUUCCACAUGCUGUGAUGCUCCCAUGUAGAGCAGUACCAAGAGUUGUCUCCUUUUUGAGUCUCAGGGCAGGACAAGCAGGAGACACACAGGUAUUUCUCCUCUGCUCAUCAGUGAACAUGCCAUCCUCUGACUUAGCCAGGUUCUGCACUCUCGUGGUUAGUCAUGGGCUCUGCCUGUGGCACCUGGUGCUGCCAGGGCUCUCCCAUAAGAAGUGUGAAUUGUUAUACAGAUUAAGUCUGGUACACACAGCCCAGAAUGGCAAAGGAGCAGGGACCAAGGCUAAUAUUAAAAAUGACCUUGAGAAAAUUUUAGGGGAUUUUGUCUCUUAUCCGGUYUGCUUACCCUCCAUGCUUUUCUAAGGAAGCUGUACAGACUGUAGUGGUUUUCAGGAACUUUGUUCUGCAUCCUCCCCACCACUGUCAAUGAGGCAAUGAGCAUAAAAACAAGAUUUCACUGAGGCAAGGCUGGUUUUUUUCUCACAGGGAAACAUAUGAUGAAGGGAUCAUGUGAGAUCAAAGGAGACUGUGAGUUUCUUCCUCCCUCUUAGCAGGUCAAGUGUGUGGAGUUACUCAGAGAUAGGAUUUCAUAUUGCAGAGGAAGCAGCAAGCUGGAGGUGAUGCUCAGGACCGAAUCCCUUUCUCUCUUCCUCAACAGGCUGCAAACCCAGAUAUAAUCUAUGUACAGGGUG